AUGCCCGGUCUCACCGUUGUUGACGGAACUCCUCGCGGCUGUGCAUCCGCCGCCUGCGGCGCCCAAAAGGAUACCUCGAUCAUUCGUGAUGCCGAGAUGGGAUCUUCCAGGGCCUCCACCCUGGGCCGCACCAGCUACGGCGCUGUAGACCCCGCUGCUGUCAUGCAGGCGUACAUGGGCCGCGCGAAGACACGCCGACAUGCCCCACGUCAGCUUUUGAACAAUCUUGCCUCCGCCAUCACUGGCCCAGCUGGUGCUGUGCUCAACGGCUUCCAAGAUAUCGUUGGCAACACUCCAUUGUCUGGUGUUAUGGACGGUAUCCAAGGCGGUGCUGCUCGCAUGGGCGGUGGUCAAAUGACCCCCAAGGGUGUUAUGGAGGGUGGAGUUGGAGAAUAUUCCGGCAAAGGCCAGUCCGCCGGCUUGCCAACCGCCGCCUCUGACGGAACGAUCACCAUGACCUACCACCAAGUCAACCAAGACGGAGCUGGUCCUCUGACUGCGGAGAUCGACCCAUCUUCUGGUGGAUCCGACCCCAAGGCUUUCCAAAAGGCGCAGGUCAUCAAGAACGUCCCCGGAGCCGCUGGUUUCUCCACCGCCUCCAACUCCGACUAUGAAAUCCAGAUUAAGAUGCCAGAUGGCAUGAAGUGCACUGGCGAGCUUGGAGGUGCUAAGAAUGUCUGCGUUGCUCGCGUCCGCAACACCGCUAUCUCCGGUCCUUUCGGUGGUGGUGCCGCUUUCACCCAGUAA